ACACUUCCGGUGUUUUACGGCAGCCUGGUUUUCUUCCGCAAACAUGAGACAUGUCAGCUGGCUGAGAGAGAUGACAGGUACACUACACACCGAAAAUAAACAAGCGCAGAUGAAAUAAACACGAGCGGACAAACAUUAGGCGAUAUUUGCGUUGCAAGAGCUUCAGAAAGUCAACCCUCAAAGAGUCAACGUGUGCCGCGUGAGCAGAAAUGUGUUGACCAGCACGAUAACAGAAACUUCAGCAUAGAAAUAAACUCGUUACAGAAGAAAGUGGAUGAUUUUAUAAUAAAAUCAGAUGUUUGGAUUUAUCGUUUGCACAGAAUCGCUAAACUCAUGAGAUUAAACGCCAAGGAGUCGAGAACUGUUAAGUGCUUCUUGUGACAGGAAGUAGAUUUGCCUCUAAUACUUUCCUACACAUCUAGUUAGCUCGCUCUCGUGUGUUGUUUUUCAAGUUAUACUUGAUAAGUUAAUUCUACAAUGCCUGGUGGCCACUCCUAGCAUUUACUGCUGUACUAUACAGCGAUCACCCUCCUUUGAGGAAGACAGCAGUAGUUUAUGAGUGAUCCAUUAAAGAUCAUUUGGAGCCAAAGACAGACCAUGUGGCUGCAGCAGAGAUUAAAGUGCCUGCCUGGUUUGCUUUCCAGCAGCUGGGCCCGUCGUGUUUUAGUCGGAUUUCUGCUCUUCCUCAUUUUUUACUGGUACUCGAGCUCAGGUGGGCUCCUGAAGUUUUUGAGCCUCUCCAGGGAAUCUGGGGGAGCUGCAGGGGUGUGUUUGCAGACUGAUAUUAACAGGUGGGUGUCCCUGGUUGACAGAGGGGAGGGAGUGGUUUACACCCCACAGACAAAAGACUCAGUACCGUUUGUUGUGGGUAAUGGACAUUUUUUGGUCGACGUGGACUCUAACAAACUUUGGGUAGCGUCGUCUUCACAGCCCGGGUCUGCACCGGUUCACCAAACCGAGUACUCCCCAAUAGUGCGGCUGCUGAUGCCAGGCGUGUACUCGGAGGCGAGGGCUAUGAUGCUGUGGUACCGAAAAGGCUCUGUGCUAUCUUCUCGAUGCAUUCUGACAAGUAAGUCUCAGUCGUCUCGAGAUUGCAUCAUUGUCCGAGAGGAGUUUGUUGCCCAUCGCAGCCGAUCCAAUGUUUAUCUCCAGAGGAUUCACAUAUCGAAUCCUACAGACAGUGCUGUUUCUUUUGACGUGUCCGCCGAGUCUCGUUCAUUUAGGAGCACCAUGGAGACGAUGGAGGAAAAAGAAUUCACUCUGUCCUCGGGCAGGGUGCUCACCGAGAGAAAGGAUUUCGUGUUUGUGGUGGUAGCCACAAAGAGAUUAAGCACAAAAAUUCAAAUCCCUGCCAAAUCGGAAUAUUUAGAGACUGUGGUGAGUGUGAUUCACACCUCGGAGCCCACCGAUGGUGCGAAACUGGAUGAGACCCUUGGCAAGCUCAGAGAAGGAGUCAAGAGAGAGAUGGUGGAUGUUCUCCGACCUAAUGUGGAAGAAUUAAUGCAAGAGCACCAGCAAGCAUGGGUUGAUCUCUUCAUAUCUGGUGUAGAGAUCAGAAAGAUAACAGACGCGCACACUCCGUCCAGUCGCACAGUCAACAACACCCUCUACUACAUCCUCUCCACCUCCACAGCGCCCUUGCUGGAUCUGAGUAUCACCGCUGAAGAGCAUGAAAAGCUGGAGUCCAGUCUAAAUUAUGCUGACCACUGCUUCAGCGGUCACGCUACCAUGCACGCCGAGAACCUGUGGCCUGAACGCCUGACCAACGUCGCUCAGAUUCUGCAGCUUGUCAACCUCUGGAACUUGACUUUCCAGAAAAGAGGCUGCAAAGUGCUUGUUGCGGCAGGCGCUCACGGUAUGAUGCAGGGCAUGGUGCUUAGUUUCGGAGGUCUGCAGUUCACCGAAAACCAUCUCCAGUUUCAGGCUGACCCGGACGUUCUUCACAACAGCUACUCUUUGAGGGGCAUCCAUUACAAUAAAGACCUCAUCAAUUUGGCCGUGUUGCAGGAUGCCGAAGGAAAACCCUUCCUGCACGUGUCCGUCAAGCCCCAAGAGAAGCCCGUAAAGUUGUACGCCUGUGAAGCCGGGUGCAUGAACGAGCCCGUGGAGCUGACGUCGGAGCUGCGAGGUCACACGUUUCCUGUGAUGGUGACCCAGCCCAUAACACCCCUACUGUACUUCUCCACUGAUCUCACUCAUUUGCAGGACCUGAGGCACACCAUGCACGUUAAGGCCAUCUUGGCUCACGAGGACCACAUGGCCAAACAGUACCCGGGGCUGCCGUUCCUUUUCUGGUUCAGCGUGGCAUCCCUCAUCAUACUCUUCCACCUAUUCCUCUUUAAACUCAUCUACAACGAGUACUGCGGGCCAGGAGCCAAGCCGCUCUUCAGGAGUAAGGAUGAUGUCAUUAUUUGAAGCCCAGUGUUUGCAGACACAUUAAAUACGGAUCUCCUCAGGAUUGAGUUUAACAGGGUUGCAGGAGAAAUUAUAUCAAAUAUUGCUCUUCCAUUUUGAUGUGUUUGUUUAACACUUUGAUUGUUGCUUGAUUAGAUUUUUAAUUAAUUAUAAAAAAUUAAAGAUGAAGGAUUCAAACAGGUUUUGAAUGAAUUUAUUGUUUGUAGCUCACAAGCUAUAGCAACAAUAAAAUCUUCACUGGAAAACAACAACUUAUAUGCAGCUAUCUUUAAACUUAUUGUUUUUAUUUUUUAAUUCCUAAGGUUGUUUAGGAUUAUGAACUUUGACAGUUAUGUGCUUUUAUACAAUUUAAUAUUAAUUUAUUAAGCAGUUGAAACAUUAUAAAAGCAGUCUUACAUAGCUUACACAUGCACAAAGGACAUCUGUUAUACUUUUCAUAACCAAGAAUUGAAUUGCAUUUAGGUUCUGAACAUAAAGACAAACAUUGGGGUCAAAUGACAUAAUGAAGUUUUCAUUUUUGAGUGAAGUAUCCCUUUAAUGUUCCAGUUCUGUGUAUGUAUCACAAAGGGUUUGAUCUAAAACCAGAACUUCAAAGAAUAAAGCUACAGAGCCACCAAACAAAGACUGUAGAUUGUAAGACUGACACCAAAUGGCUAAAUCCAAAGGGAGGCAAUUUCUAAAAUUCCUGUGAGAAUCAACAAUUGAGAAACUUUCUCAGAGAGUUCACGUCUACCUCCAAGACAACCACCCCACUGUGUGAAGACAGAAGAGUCGCACCUCACCAAGACCACAUCUGUUCUCUCUUUGGUUUCAUUUAAAAUGUCUCAGUGGGAUUGGCAUGGUCUCACACCCAUAACAACAGAAUACACUGAUAAAGUGUAACAAUAAAUUAGGCAAACUUCACUCAAUGUUGAACAUGUAAACCAGUCCUUCACUAUAUGGUCCACAAGACCCAGUUACUAACAAAUCCCAAUCAUUAUUACAAUGCUUUGUUCUCUCUCUGGAUAUUUAAGGAAAGUUUGUAAAAGGUUAAGGGUGAUUUUCUAUAUUUAGAAAUUAAAAAUGUGUCUGGGGGAACAACAUGUAUUUUUAUUUCACUUGGGAAUUUUGUAGCCUGAUGAACCCACACUAUUACUGUGUAUCGUCCUUUUUGCCAGGUAUGCAUUGCUUAACCCUGUAUUGAUUUAAGCUUUGUAUUUGAUUUGGAUUGUGAAUUGGCUUUUGAAUAAUUAUCUAAUAAAUUGUUUUGUUUGACUUCA